GCUCCCAAUCUACCCAACUCCGCCUGCUCGCUCGCGCCGGAGAGGUCGCCGCCGACCGCCGCCCCUUCUGCCCCAAGAACUGCUCCCCGCGGCCCCAUGGCGGAUCCCUACCGCGCAUACGGGUCUUCCUCUCACGACAGAGCAGUUCCACAGGGCCAUCAUCCUGGGUAUAUUCCACCUGAGGAAUCUUAUUAUGCUCAAAAAAUGGCUGCUCUGCGAGGAGUAUCAACUAUACCAAGAGUUGAUGCACCUUUACAGUCAAGAGCUUAUGGUUUAGAUGGUCCAGCAGGAGUGAGUCGUACUGCUUUGGGUGGCCUGGUUCCACUGCCAGCUGGAUCUAUUCCGCGGGGAGCUAGUCCUUUGGAAGACCCAGUUUUAGUUCGGGGAGGUUCUUCACUUGGCAAAAGUGCCAGCAUUCCAGAUGUUGAGCGCCCCAUCUCCCUUCCAAUCGUUGAUCGGCCAUCAGAAGAUGAAUCCAACAUUCUUUUUGUUGACGGUCUCCCUACCGAUUGCACAAGGAGAGAAGUAGCUCAUUUGUUCCGCCCUUUCGUUGGCUUCAAGGACCUCAGACUAGUUCACAAGGAGCCCAGACGUAGUGGUGACAAGGCCUAUGUCCUGUGUUUUGUGGAGUUCAGUGACGCAAAAUGUGCAUUCACUGCCAUGAAGGCCCUGCAAGAAUACCGGUUCGACGAGAGGAAACCCGACGCACCGGUCCUUAAGAUCCGGUUCGCAAGGUUCCCGUUCCGGCCUCCGCCUGCCCAUGAUGAUGGGAAACGCCUUAGCGCUCGCUGAUUACCAUCCUCUACAUACCCCUCCUCUCCAGCAGUGUGUUCUAGGCAGUGGGUCAUUGUAGAUCAGCUUGGUGCAGUAACAUGUAGUGGGCAUGUGUCGUUUGGUGAUGGCUCGCAGGACAGUCCUGUAUGACACCUUGGCACAUCCGUGGUGGGUCUACUAUAUCGCCAUCAGGUCUCCGUAUCUUUGGAUUA